AUGGCGAAGAACUACAGGCAAGUGCGCGUUGUUAAGUCGAGCAGCAGACAGCUGGCAGUCAUGAUGACCAUGGAAGCAUCCACCAACUACCCCUGCUUCGAUGACCCCGUCUUCAUGGACCAGUUUGAUUUGGAAAUGAGCUACCGGCAAGAGUCCCAGCUGCCGCUGAGCUACCUGAGGGGAGAUCAAGUGGAGAUCUGGACUGAGGAUCCUGUGACGCCGUUUGAGGAGCGCUCAGACUCGCCGGCAUAUGUGCAGAGCAACUGCAAGACUGUCAGCGGCCGCGAUGCGCGUGUGCGCCGCCUGAUGGAGUAUCGUGACCUCAAGAUCAGAUCGUACGGCAGUUGUCUGAACACUGAGGGGACUAGCGGCACCAAGGAGAGCAAGAUUGACAUCUAUCGCCGCCACAAAGUUUGCAUUGUCAUGGAGAACAGCAUUGCAAUGGAUUAUGUGACCGAGAAACUGUAUGACGCCUUUGUGGCCGGCUGUGUACCCCUGAAGUUUGGAUCGACUGCAGCGCUCCGCAAGGAGAUACUGCGGGUGUCAGGAGACAAGGCGGUGUGGGAGAGUAAAGUGGCCUGGCGCAAAAAGCCCUUGAGCGAGCUCAGCCCAGCAUUCCAGGCACAGGUGGAAGGCACCAGGAAGCCAAGCAUGCAGUGCCAGCUGUGCAGCACAGUGCGAGACAUUCUGGCGGGCAACACAACGCUGGUGCAGCAAUUUCGCAGCGGAUGGCGGUACCGGAGUGAGUGGCAGGUGGCAGAAGAAAUGAACAGCUUGAAAUCCAAGUUGAAGGACGUCCUUGAAAUGCCAUUCCCUUGA